GAUAAAACAAAGCGGAGAAGCAGUGGAAAUAUUCCUCGUAAUUCUUCCUCCACCUGCGACAUUUGCCACGUCAGUCCACCUCUUUAAAAGGCACUCUGUUCCAGUGACGUUCAAACGAGAUGGAAACCAAGCGGUUCAGCAACUCCAGUCACCGCCGAUCAACUACCGCGCGCCUCCUCGGAGUACCCUCUGGCCAGUCCGGCCCUUCCACCGGCGAUUCGUCCUUCUCCGGUGGUGAUUUCAGUGAGGACGACGUAUUUUGGACGAGCGACUUGGUCGAACCGAACCACCUACCAAAUAACCCUUUCGGCGCUGGCAAGUCCAACGACCAUUUUCGGACACCUGAAAGUCAUGGUAUCCUUGCUACUUUAACGGAUUCCGACCAGAACAUGACUAUCGAAGCCCCUCCGAUGCUGAACCGGAAAACUUCGUUUCCAUCAUCGAUUAGAGCGGUUCCUGCGAUACCUAAGCCCCCGCAUAUUUCUCUAGAAAACAAGCACUCUCAAUCCCUACCAAUUAGAAGGUUUCAUCAAUCAGCUCCGAUGAACAUCCCAGUCCUAUCCAAGGCAAGGAGCAGUUCUCUUGCCCAAGCAGACGACGAAGACGACGAGGCAGAAGAUGAGAUGUUGCCACCGCAUGAGAUCGUGGCACGAGGCUCUCGUCGAUCGCCGAAGACGACGUCUUCCGUGCUGGAAGGCGUUGGAAGGACAUUGAAGGGGAGAGAUCUGCGUCAGGUUCGAAACGCUGUAUGGCGCAAAACAGGUUUUCUUGAUUGAAGUUCCAAUUUUGAGGUUUCGGAUCAUUUUUGGUCAUAUAAUGACAGUAUAUUGACCAAGUGAGGGAAAUUAAAUUUGCUUUUGGUCAAAUGAGAGCAGUUAGCGGAAAUUAUACAGAGUUCUUGAUGUAUCUUUCCUCAAUACAAUUUGGACAAUUGUGAAUUUGAUUUUGGAUGCCGAACCCUCUUUCUUCAUUUUUGCAUGUUGGCAUCUUUGUGUUUGGUGGAUAUUUUCUUAUCGCUAACUUGGAAAUGUGCCAUUCAAACUGUGUCUUGUUUGUCAUUGUUGGUUAAGCAUGACUCUGUUCCGAAUCUUCUGAUAUAUAAUCCCUCAGUUACUGGGGCAAGAUGCUUGUUUCUUUUCCUUUAUAUGCGCUGAUGUAGAAUGCAGAAAUAUGCACUUACCCGACUGAACCGUGAUUUGAAUAGCAGAAUGUAGUUUGAUUGAUAUUAGGUAUUGGCCAACACAGCGGUUGUUUUAAGGUUCAUGUGGUGCUUUUUGAAUUAUCAUUCACCAAAUGUGUAUAAUCAGUCAUCUAAUUGACAAUUUUACUUUCAUUAGUAGCAUUAAAUCCAGCGCAACAAAGAACUAAUCAGCCAUGAAAAAUGACAUAGUCUGUAUUGUUAUCUCAUUCUCUGUUUCUAUUUCUAUUUCUAUUUCAAAAUUAAAUAUAUUUCUGCAAUAAUCUGAUUGCCCAUUUCUGUGUUGCCAUGGAUGGUUAAAAUCAGAAUUUUGCUGAAAGAGGUAAUUGCAGUAUGGUUGGUUGAAUUGCAUCAUCUUUGACUUGGUGUUUCGAACAUAGGCAUAAAUCUAAAAUGUAUCUAAGUAAUAGGGAUCAUAGCAAUUCUCUUUGUGUUCCAGCAUUUCAGGUGAUGCUAAAACUAAGAGCCCGUUUUGUAGUGAUUCUAGAAAGCGUGUUUCAUAUUUUUAAUACUUAAAAAUUUUCAUUAUUCAAAUAUUAGAAAUGGUAGAAACGUUGUCUAGAAUCACUCUCAAACGCACUCUAAAUGGAAUGAGUGUUGGUACUGUUAGAAUAACCUAGAUGAGGUAUGAAAAUGGAUAGAAGUACAGGAAUUAUAGCUCCCUUUUGAAUUUUUUUCAUUUUGUAAUAAUACCAAGUUCUUUCACUUGUAGAUGCCAGGAAGGUAAAAGAGCAUUACCAUAUAUUCUAUAAUGGAUCUCAUACAUUAAGUGUAUCAUGAGUAAUAAAAGACAAAAUAUAUUUAAAUUUCCCUUUAAAAAUGCCAUGGAUACUGAGUGAAAGAGUACACAAAUAAAUGAACUGAUGGAGUUAAUCCAAAAUGCGAAAACUCAGAACUGCCAUGUCUGUUAAUGAUGUGUCAAUUAUCAUAGCAUAUGGAUAUCGAUGGGACUCUUAUGUUUUUUCCUUCUUCCUGCUCGAGCUUAUCCCAUAUAGCUGCUUUUGUAGAGCAUUUUACAAUUAUCUGAGUUGACCCACAACAAAGUUUGGUUGACAAGACAUGCUCAAGAAACCCCAAUUGGUUUGAUCGUGCUUGUAAGUCGGGUUGUUGCAGUUAUGUUCUUGAAUGCAAAUGUAUGUUGAAGUAGGUCAAAAGAUCAGAAGAUCAGAGAAACGAUCCAAAUGUUUCUAUCCGUUUGUGUUUGUUUCUGUUUUUACUGGAACAGAGCAAGAAAGAAAGGGAACAUCAUGUGAGGAGGGGUAAAAGCAGGAAGGGAGGAGAAAGAGGAGGAAUAGGCCAGUAUGUAUGCAGUUUAGAUCUCUUUAUUCUUUCUUUUUCUUGUAUCAAUCCAUUGUCACGCUAUUAGUAUGAAAAGAUUCAUGAAACUCGUGUCUUUUUUUUAUUACUUUUAUUUUCUGCUGCUGUUUGGUCAUCACCACUAGGGGGUGCAGGAGUAUUGUAAACAGGGUGAUCACACUUAUUUCGCUGGGUGUGAGUUAUAAAUGAGCAUGUUUUAUUCUAAUAUUCCUGCUAGGCCGUCAUGCGUCUCGUGAGUCAUUCUAUAGUAAUUUCUCCGUCUUUCUACCAUAUACAUCUUAAGGUUGAUUAUUUCCAAACGUUGUCACUUUCACACCACCAUUUUUUUUCCUUUGUUUGGUUUUAUUCCUUUGUUUGGUGACAUUAGUGCGUGGCUUGUUGAUUGAAACAAAAGUAGUAGGCAAUUGUCACCAUCUAAAAAAACAUAUAUAUAUAUAUAUAUUUAAAGAAAUAUAAAUAUAAACAAAGGCAAUAAAAUAAAAUAUGAAUAGAAAACUAAAAAAGAACUAAAAAUAUGUUUGGUUUGAAAAAAAUAAAAAUAAACUUACAAUUAGAAGAUUAUUUUUCUAUAUUAUUUUAGUUUUUAGUUGUUAUACAUAAAUUUCUAAGAAAAUGUUUUAAUAUUACUUUUCUUUUUCCAAAAUUGAAAAUGCUGUUUGAAAAUUUGUGACUGGUGUUGUCUGGGCAUUGGCAUAUUUUUUAUAUCAGUUCAGAACGCGUUCGAAGACCAGAUCUAAAUGCCUCAAGGCUCAAAAAUGUUCAAAAUGAAAUAUAUGAAUAGAUUGAUGAUAGGGGUGGCAAGUCAGGAAAUUAAUAUGCCUCAAUGAUUUGAGUUCAGAAAGAAGAAAUCUCCUUUCACACAUCUAAUUGAAUCAUCACUCUUGCCGCCAGCACCAUCAGAAAAAACAGCUAAACUCUAUAGAAUAUCAAUCAAAAAGUUCUAAAUACAUUAUUGUAACCCACCUUGGCCUGAGACAUUCAUCUCGCAUUAUUUGAACCUAAAAUCCCAUCAACUGGAACAACCAGAGAUAAGAUAUCAAAGGUGUUCCACUGAAGAAUGAGAAAGGAACAAAUCAAGAUAAAAGCCUCGUACAAACAAGUUGGGUUUAAAAAGGGACUCGAAAGGAAAACCCUAGCGAGUGCCUUUCAAUGGAUAUUGUUGAUAUAGCGCAGCUAUGACUCGACACGCUUCCAUGGCGGAUAUGGAAGGCGAUCUUAAGGGCUGCGCUUACGAAGAAGGCGAACAGAUAAUUCGAUAAAUCAAAACCCUAGAAC